ACAAAGCGUGGGGCGGCUAGCCGCACGGAAGUGGUUUCGUCUCGGCGGUUUUACAACAGCACCUGUCUGAGAAAUGAUAGCUCCUGCAUAUUUGAUAUCCAGUUACCUCUAUUAACUGUUUCUCAUGUCUCAAAGGGAGUAUUUUAUAUUCCAUUAAUAUAUCAUACAUAUAUUUACAUUAAACGAGCUACACGGAGGAGUGUUAGCCAGCCUGUUAGCUAGCUUGAUCAAAGCAAGCAGCCAUGCCGUCCUACUCAGAAGUGAGAAAAAGCAACCACUUCUACUACUUCAUCAAGUUCACACUAAAUGUCUACUCAAUGGUUUUCUCGCUCAUGGGCCUGUGCGUGUUGUGUGUGGGCGUGUAUGCGGAAGUGGAGAGGCAGAAGAAUCGGACCCUGGAGGGUCUCUUCCUGGCCCCCGCCGUGGUGCUCAUCCUGCUGGGCCUGGUGAUGUUCACCGUGUCCGUGGUGGGAAUGGUCGGAUCCCUCAGGGACAACAAGACCCUGCUGCACAUGUUUCUCUGUGUUCUGUGUGUGCUGCUGCUCCUCCAGGCAAUGACACUCGCCAUGGCUCUCAUCUUUGAAAAGAAGACAGUUGCGUUGUUUCAGAGCACCAUACGGGAAGGAAUUAAACACUACUACGACGAUCUGGACUUCAAAAAUAUCUUGGACUAUGUCCAGCAAAAGUUUUCCUGUUGUGGAGGGGAUGAAUAUAAGGACUGGGGAGUCAAUCAGUACCAUUUCUGCAACGGUACCGGUCCGCUGGCCUGCGGGGUUCCGUACACCUGCUGUGUUCGCAGGCUGGGAGAAGUUAUCAACACCCUUUGUGGCUACAACACUCUGAAUGAACAGCGUGAAACCCUGCAGGAGGUGAUCCAUGUGCGCGGCUGCAUCCAUGCAGUUAACCUCUGGAUGAGUGACAACAUUGGAAUAACCGUCGCCCUCUGCUGCGCCAUCGGGCUGCCACAGCUGCUGGGCAUCAUCCUGAGCUGCGUCUUCUGGAACCUGCUGGUGGACAUGAGCGAGUCGGCCGACAUGGUGGACUUCAAGCUGAAGAAGUCCGAGUUCGAGUACAGCGAGCUGGACCUGGCGGGUGCCGGCUGGUGCCUGUGCCUGCCCAGGGACGGCGGCUACCUGCCUGUGCCGGCCUCCGAGCCUGAGCUCGACCCCAUUGACAUUCACCUGCAGAAGCUGAAGAAGCAGCCGCCCCGGACCCACGCCCAGCUCAGAGAGCUGCAGCAGUCCCGGUCGGCCAGCGGCCUGGACGAGGUCGACGUGGGCCGGCGGCAGAAACGGGACCACUGAGUUCAUCUCCCGUCCAGCCUAGUUUUUUUUUUUUUUUUUUUUUUUUUUUUGCCUUUUGGGGUUUUUAUGCCUUUCUUUUUAAAAAAAUUUCUUGUCUGUGUAAUUGAUGACAUUCAUUUUGGUUGUGUUGCACUACUCAAAGUUUGAACGCGAACCAUUGAAUCAAAAGGAAGUGGGUCGGCUGAAGGGAUCAGAAGUACUUUUUGCACUUUGUUUACAGCAAAUUUCAAACAAAAUUCCUUUUAAAAGAGAGAUUUUCUUUGUCUUAUCAGUCAUUUCAUAUUUUUGUUAAGCCUUGACUGAGCCACGGCUCGUGUGCUAAAGCUUACCUCAGGCUAUUUUGAAAAUAGCCCAGUAGUCAGAGGACAAAACAGUUUUGGUUGUAUAAAUAAAUUAAUGGUUGCUUUUCGUUGUGUGAGAAUAGGACUAGCCAGGUGUGUCUUGCUUGUAGCGUCUGUGACGGAUUUAUACGGUUUGUGUAAUGUUUUUUAUUUCUAUGAUUUUUUUAUUUAAUUUUGUGCAAUCACUGUACAUUGUAAGACUGCUAUUUGUGAAAUAACAUGGGAUGCAUGUUUUUUACUGUAUAUGAAGUCAUUUUAAAGAAGAAGAAGAAGAAAAAAAUCUCUGUACUUGAGGCUUUUCCAUUUUAAUAAAAAUGUUUUUAUUCCUUCCAUCUUUAAAGGAAUUCCUAAAGGCAUUAUCCAUCUGACCCGGGGAAAAAAAAAAAAAACAGAGUUUUUUUUGUAUGAGUUGUAUUAUUUUGAGCUUCCUCCCAGCUCCUGCCUUGUAUAAACACUAAUGUUCUUGUCAAUAAAGCUGAAUUUGUCUACUGA